GGUUAGGGGAAUUGUUGGGUCCAGGUCCCAUAGGUCCCGCCGCCAUGGCGGGGCUCGGAGCUCUCUUGAAGCUGACCCGGAGCUCCGGCAUUGAGCGCGUGCGGGAGGCUUUGCCGCAGCUGCCGGCGAAGUUGAUCCUUGGGGCACUCAAGGACAAGAAGCGCGGAGAUCUCAUCCUGAGCACUUUGGAAGUGCUCGGCGAAAGUGGCUCCUUAGAGGCGCGCGACUACACGCUGGCGAUCACUGCCUGCGGGGCAGACAGCUUUUGGCAAGAGGCCUGUCACAUCCUAUCCAUGGAGCCAAAGUUGCAGAACGUGAUCAUGUACAAUGCAACAAUCAGCGCCUGUGGCAAGGAGGGGCGGUGGCAAGAAGCGUUGGCCUUGUUUUCGGCCAUGCCUCGCGCGAUUCGCCCGGACACAAGGAUAUAUAGCUCGAUCAUCAGCGCCUGCGCCAAGGAAGGCCAUUGGCAACAGGCCUUAAAGCUGUUUUGGGCCAUGCCAGAAGCGACGGUGCAACACAACGUAUUUGCCUUCAGUGCAGCAAUCAGUGCGUGCGAGAAGGGGGCCAUGUGGCAAGAGGCAUUGCGGCUGUUUCAGGCCAUGCCGUCUUCGAGCGUGCAGCCCAACGUGUAUAGCUUCAAUUCCUCCAUUAGCGCCUGCGAGAAGGGUCUUCAGUGGCAGCAGGCUCUGAGCUUGUUCUGGUCCAUGUUUGAGGCCAAGGUCCUUCCGGACAAGGUCAGCCACAGUGCAAGCAUCAGCGCCCUCAACAAGGGUGGCCAAUGGCGCCUUGCAUUAGACCUGUUUCGGGAGAUACGAAAGAACAGCCGCCCUGACAAGUUCAUCUACAGUGCAACGAUUAGCGCCUGCAGGGGCGGCCAGUGGCAGCAGGCCUUGGGGCUGCUACAGGAGAUGAUUCACUCGAAAGUGCAGGCCAACGUGAUCAGUUUUAGUGCAGCCAUCAGCGCCUGUGACAAGGGCGAGCAGUGGCAUCAGGCGUUGGAUCUCUUCAGCACGAUGCUUCGAUUGCAAGUCCACCCAGAUAAGAUCAGCUUCAGUGCGAGCAUCAGUGCCUGUGCCAAGGGUGGCCAGUGGCAGCAGGCCUGCGCGCUGUUGAGGAUGAUGUCUCAGGCAAAGGCGCAAGCGAACGUCUUCAGCUUCAGCGCGGCCAUCAGCGCAUGUGACAAAGCUGGGAAGUGGCAGCACGCUCUCAGCCUUUGGAGGGCCAUGAAGCAGUUGCAGGUUCCUUCAGACGCUGAGUUGCGCGAGGACGUGGUCAGCUACAGCGCGGCAAUCAAUGCCUGCGGCACCGGAGCACAAUGGCAAUUGGCAUUGGAGCUCUUUAGAGUUAUGUCUCAGCAGCUUCAGCCCAACGUCUUCAGCUACAACGCCGCAGUAUCCGCCUGCGAGAAGGCAGGCCACUGGGAGCAAGCCCUCGCCCUCUUCGCGGCCAUGCUGAAGUCAGAGGUUUACCCCGACACCGUGGUGUUCAGUGCAGCCAUCAGCGCCUGUGAGAAGAGAGGUCAGUGGAUGCAGGCGUUGAAUCUUUUUCGCUCCAUGCCCUCGGCAGAGGUAUUGCCAAAUGUGUUUACGUACAACGCAUGCAUCAGUGCAUGCGAAAAGGGAGGGCAGUGGCAGCAGGCUUUGGAUUUAUUUGGUUCCAUGCCAGCUGCGAUUCGCGACGACAUCACCUUUGGCGCUGCCAUCAGCGCCUGCGGAAAAGAAGGUCGUUGGCAGCACGCCCUCAGCUUGCUCUGGGCCAUGCCAGAGGCAACGGUGCAGCACAGCGUCAUCAGCUUCAGCACCGCAAUCAGCGCCUGCGAGAAGGGAGGUAGGUGGCAAGACGCAUUGUGCCUAUUUUGGGCAAUGCCGACUUUCACCUUGCAGCCCAACAUUUAUAGCUACAACGCAACCAUCAGCGCCUGCGAGAAGGGCUUUCAGUGGCAGCAGGCCGCGCCCAUUUUUCGGGCGAUGGUGCAGGCCAAGAUCAAUCCAGAUAGCAGUAGCCAUAGCGCAGUGAUCACUGCUCACGCUCGAGGUGAGCAGUGGCAGACAGCUCUGGGCCUCUUUCGGGCCAUGCCACAGUCAGAGAUUUACCCGGACAAGAUCUGCUACAGUGCAGGCAUCUCGGCCUGCGCGAAGGGCAUCCAGUGGCAGCAAGCCGUGGAGCUCUUCGCUGAGAUGCCGCAGCUGGAAGUCCUGGCCGACCGAGUCGUCUACAGCGCUACGAUCACCGCCUGCGAGUGGGCGCACCAAUGGCAGGCGGCGCUGUGCCUCUUCUGGGCCAUGUCUCGCGCGACGGUGCAGCCGGAUCAGAUCUGCUUGUCCGCUGCUAUGAAUGCAUGUGAACGCGGUGGCCGGUGGCAGCAGGCCCUGGCUUUGUACAGGGCAUUGUAGCCUACAAGCCUUGGUGGCUCCCAGCCAUCCCCUUAGCCUUUUAGUUUUUUUAGCUUUUUAG